CGCGUCUCUCUCACAACGCGGUCGGCUACCUCAACCUGCGCCUGCCUUGCGUCCAUGGCGGAGACGAGCAGCAGCCCGACGGCCUCCACCAAGGGCCAAAUCUUCCUCCAUUCCGCCAGGGCUCGGGCUCGUUUUCUCGGACGGAGCACUGCCGACGUCAAGGCGAUCAAGCGCACCCGUCAGGGCAUCGCAAAGGGGCUCGAGGUGCAAGGCAUCAUCUCUGCUCUCAUGCUCUCCGUCGCCGGAAGUGGGUUCUUCGCGGAGCCGGACCUGAACGGGGGUUUCUGCAAGACGGUGGCGACUAUCAGUUUCUGCUUCUCCCUCUUCUCCUUCAUCUCGGCGGCAAUCAUGUCGGGCGCCUUUCUGAUUCCAAUCCUCGAUGAUGAGCUGCACCCGCGGGAUACGGUGCAUGCCUUCGGCCGCCUCUUCAUCCUGCCGCAGGUCUACUUCUGCAGCGGUUACGUUAGCUUGGUCGUCGGGGCGACGGCUUACUUCCUUGCGAUGAGCAUCGGCACGAUGCACACCGGAGGCUGCUUGGCCGUGUGCGUCGCCCUCUUCAUGUUACCGACCUUCUUCGUCCUCUUCAACAUCCCCAGCAUCUCCAGGCCGCAUCACCCGAUCGCACGCGAGGGCGAGUUCAAGACCCUCGGCGAGCUGGAACGUGCCUCGUCACAAUCGCCACGAUCCUCGCUCGACCAAGCAAGCUACAGCUCUAGCAAGUCCCUGCUGAACGGCUGGAGGUCGGCCACCGUUACGACCCUCUGACUCGCGUAUCUCCGUCCAUUUGUACGCGCUCCGCAUCACGACACACCAUGGUGGAGAUGUGGAGGGGGGAUGCGGCCGCUGAUGGUGAUGCGGCCCGCUGCUGGAUGUUUUUCACUAGACGACCCCAGUUUUUGUUUCCGCAUGUGAGGGGUUCGUGUGUGCAUGCUGCGUUUUGUUCGGUGUUUGAUUGUGUUUCAUUUUGCGCUGGUGUCCUGGUGUCCCUUGUCCGGCGGGGGGGGGGGGGGGGCACGUGCGGAGCUGCGCCUGCGGGCGUUGUUUUGUGUGCAAAUUUCGAUAGCGUGGGU